GGAAAAUAAUAACUUUGACUUAGAUUCUGACUUAAGUGUUUCAGAAUUAAAUGUAGAAGCAUUUGCAAAAAUUAAAAAUUUGCAGCAACAGCAUGAUUCUGAAAUUGAAUUAUUAGCUAAUGAACUUAAUGUGCAUUCAUAUUUUAUUAAGAGUGUAAUGAAAGAUUAUAGAGAACCUGCUAUUAGAAAACAAAGAAAAAUCAGUGGAUUUAAUAUUUGGCAAUCUAAUUGGUGGGCAACACAUGGAAAAGGCUUAAAUAUUAAAGAUAAAGGGUCCCAAAAACUCUGUGCAGAUGCAUGGAAUGCAUUAAAUAAUGAUACACGUAAAUAUUAUGAAGAAGAAGCUAAAAAUGCUGCAAAUUUACGUGUUAAAGAGCAAAACUCAUUUAUUACAAAUGCAAAAUCACGAAAAACACAACUAAAUAAUGGAAUUCAAGAUAUCCGAAAAAUGUUUCGAACUUUACAUGUUACUUGUGGCAUGGAGUUUAUUACAUUGGCUGUAUCCAAUUAUGAUGAGCUUAGAAGUCAUUGGUUUGGAUCAAAUAUUGGUGAAGAAUUUUAUCAGACUUAUAGCAACUUAAGUGAUGCAAUCAUUCCAUUUCGUUGUUUCUCUAUUUUAAAAAAAAAAGAAAAUGAAGGAGUAAUCAAAUCUGUUGCUGAAACUAAGUCAUCUGAAAUUUUGCCAGAUGAAUCUGAAACUGGACAUACUUUUAAUCUAUCUGCUAUCAAUAUUUCAAAACCUAAUAGCAUUGAAACAAGAAAUAAAGUAAGAUUUAUUUUGCGGCAAAAGUUUGAACAAGAUGUAAAAGGUAAUAAUAUACCAUAUAAAAGAUGGAAAACACAAACUUCAUAUAAAGUUAUAGGAUGGCCAUUAGAUGUUGAAUUUCAGGAUUAUUCUAAUCUUAAAGAAGAAGAAAGAAUUAAAGUUCUGGAUUCACUUUAUAACAUUAGAUUUGAACAAAAUGAAUAGGAUAUUUGUGAACUAAUUAGUGCAAUAAGAAUAAUAAUAUUAAUCAAUAAU